GCGCGCGUUCCCAACCGGCGCGAGUGGGGAGCUGUCCAGCAAGCGAUUUGAAGUAGUCUUCUUGCCCGGCAAGUGCGGUCUCUUGUCUGUCCAGGAAUGAGAAGUGAUGGCCGGCUCUGCAACUGAGGAGAAAACCUUCCGAAGGUUCUUGGAGCUCUUCCUCCGAGAGAUGAGACCACCACUCCAGGAGAAUGACCCUGUCCCAAUGCGCCCUUUGUCUGACCUCACCUCGGAGGACGAAGUUGAAGGGGAAUGCCUCGAUAUGUGUCUUCAGCACUUGUGCAAAUAUAACUGCCCCUUCUCCCUGGCGGCUGCCCUGGCGCGGGCUACGGCAGACAGUGUUCUGCAGAGUGACCUCUCCAUCUACCACAUCCAGAAGACCGUCGAGGAUGGAGUAGACCCUUUCCCCCAGAUUGAGUCGGUGGCCUUUGCCCGGCUCAUCUUCAAUAAGUUGUGUGAAACAUGCUGCCUGUGGCUGAAAGACUUCCCUUACCGCCGCCGCCCUCAGCCCUACUACGAGACCUCCAUCCACGCCAUCAAAAACAUGCGCCGCAAGAUGGAGGACAAACACAUCGUCAUUCCCGACUUCAACACCCUCUUCAACAUACAGGACCAGGAGGAGCAGGCCUUCUUCGCCGUGUUCGAUGGCCAUGGGGGCGUGGACGCCGCCAUCUACGCCGCCAACCACCUUCACGUCAAUAUGGUGCACCAGGAGUGCUUCAGCCAAGAUCCGGGGGAGGCCCUGUGUCGCGCCUUCAGAGUCACCGAUGAACGCUUCAUCCGUAAAGCUAAGAUGGAGAACCUGCGCUGCGGCACCACGGGGGUGGUGACCUUUCUAAGGGGACGGACCCUGUAUGUGGCCUGGCUAGGGGACUCUCAGGUCAUGCUGGUCAAGAAAGGCCAGGCCGUGGAACUGAUGAAACCUCACAAGCCUGACCGAGAGGAUGAGAAGCAGCGUAUUGAGGCUCUGGGAGGCUGUGUCAUCUGGUUCGGCACGUGGAGGGUUAAUGGCAGCCUGUCCGUAUCCAGAGCCAUAGGUGACAAUGAGCACAAGCCCUACAUCUCUGGCGUUGCUGACCAACACAUCGUCCCAUUGGAUGGCACGGAGGACUACCUGAUCCUGGCCUGCGACGGCUUCUACGACACAGUCAGCCCCGAAGAGGCGGUGCGUGUGGUCAGCGACCACCUGACGGAGAACAGCGGCGACAGCACCAUGGUGGCCCACAAGCUGGUGGCCUCGGCCCGUGACGCCGGCUCUAGCGACAACAUCUCAGUCAUUGUGGUCUUCCUCAGAGACCUCCGCGCGCCCCCGCCAGGAGAGGAGGAUGAAGAGGGGGAGGAGGGAAAGGAUGAGGAAGUGGCGGAGGUGGAGGAAGAAGGUCAAGGGGAGAUGGGCUGCCAGGACGGGAGCACCACGGACGUUGGGGGGAAGGGUCAUUGUUUCCUGCAGCAGUGCUCGGCUCCAGCCGACCUGGGCUAUGAAGACCGCACAGACUCGUUGACAGACAGAACCAGCCUAGGCCUGCUGGGGCCCAUGCUGGGAGAGGAUGGUCGAAUCAGGCUCCCCCCUGCCUGCUCACACCCUACCCCCUCCUUAGCCCUCACCCAGAAUCUCAUGCCUACCGAGGGCCAUGGGGCGGCCUGGUUGCCCUGCCUAGAGGAGGGGCUCCAGGGCUCCAGGCACAAGUCCCAGCCUAAACCCUGUGUCCCCGCCUGCCAGGAACCCAGCUCAGACGGACAAUGGCCCCUGGCGGCCUCCCUGUUUGGCCACGCGGGGAGGCGCACCCGGAGGAUGGAGUGCGUGAGCCCCAGGUGGGGGUGGGUGUCCCGGCGUUGGGGCCGUGCCCCCAGGGAGCUCCCUGGCCUGCUGCACUCCACCUGUAGUGUGCCCUACCCCCAGCGCUGCCCCGAGAGGAGGCCCGGGGUGGCCCUUCCCCACCUGCCCCACGGCAGCAGAAUCUGAUGAUGUGACCUAAUCUUCACUAGCUCCUCGAUCUCCUGCCCCUUCCUCUAUCUGACUACAGUCAUUAUUUCAUUCAUCCAUCCAUCAUGAGUUCCCCAUCCAGGACACUGGCUCCACACCCAUAC